CUUUCCAAAAAUUGAAGAAAAAAAAACUUCCUGUAAGGAGAGUGUUCUGCCAAAGUACACAUAUAAUGUGAAAGGGGCUAAUCUCAAUUUUAAAGAUCAGUGUAUGUCGAUUUAAAAGGCACGGAUAUAUCAUUCUGUUGGAUUUAAGGGGCGAUUUUUUCCCCACUUCUUUUAAGGAGUCAUGGAAGAUAGCUCAAGUUCUCCAGUUUCCCCUGUGGACAGCUUAGUAACCAGCGAGGAGGAGCUGGACAGGCAACAUAAAAGAUUUGGAAGGAAAAGGAGAUACAGCAAAAAAUCCAGUGAAGACGGUAGCCCCGGUCCCGGAAAGCGGGGUAAAAAGUCGAGUCCCAGCGCCCAGUCGUACGAGGAGCUGCAGAAUCAAAGAGUCCUGGCAAACGUCAGAGAGAGGCAAAGAACUCAAUCCCUCAAUGAAGCGUUCGCCUCUCUCAGGAAAAUAAUUCCCACACUGCCUUCAGAUAAACUGAGUAAGAUCCAGACGCUCAAACUGGCUGCGCGGUACAUCGAUUUCCUUUAUCAAGUCCUUCAGAGUGACGAGAUGGACAACAAGAUGUCCAGCUGUAGCUACGUUGCGCACGAGCGUCUGAGCUACGCGUUCUCAGUGUGGCGGAUGGAGGGCGCAUGGUCAAUGUCCACAUCCCACUAGUGACGGAGCAGCGGGCCUUGCCGACGGACUGUUUCACUUCUAUAACUAAAAAAAUGAAGAUGGAUUUAUGGAGAACCUCAAAAACCUCAAAAGAUUGUCUCAACUAUAAAAUGUGCCUCUGAGCUCUGAAAGAGCACUUAUGAACUGCUUGAAGACUGCAUUCAUAAACUAAGAGAGGAAAUCUCUGUAUACUGUAUGUGACAAGCCAUUAGUAAAAAAGGAAACCUAACAACAUUGACAUCUCCUGCUCAAAUUCCAUUUCUUCACAAACAGGACGAAGUUCAAGUUAAAUACUGGUAUGAAAAUUCAGGAAGAAUUACUAUGUUGAGUGUUGUUACUUUUUUCUGUUUGAUUUGAUUGUUUUGUUUUGUUAAUGUAAGAGUAAAAAUAUAUAUAUAUAUUGUACAUAUCUUUCUUUGCUUUCUUAUGGGACCAAUGCAAUCAAUAAAGAAAAGCAAAUUAGUUUCUCAAACUAUGUUGCAUGGAUGCUUGAAAUGUUCUGUUCAUAGCCUGUUGUUGCUAUUGUUUUGUUUUUCACAUUCAUUGUAAAUUUUGCUAUUUUUUUAUUUAUUAAAAUAUUUUU